AUGUCUAAGUACGCCGAAGCCUUCCAGACCCCCAAGGGACCAGGCGACGCUCGCCCAACAGCCCUCCAAAUCAUCCAAGACGAAGGCCUCAUCGGUAAACUUACCGGUAAGACCAUUCUCAUCACCGGCGCAAACCAAGGCAUCGGCCUCGAAACCGCGCGCGCGCUCUAUCAAACCGGCGCCACCAUCUACCUCGGCGUCCGCAGCCGCGAAAAGGGUGAAAAGGCAGUCGCAGAUGUCACCGCCUCCAUCAAGGGCGAGACGUCCGGGUCUCUAGACUUCGUGGAAAUGUCCCUCGACGACUUCUCCUCGGUCCGCAAAGGCGCGGAGGACUUCUUGUCCAAGAGCAACGGCAAGCUCAACAUCCUCGUCAACAACGCAGGCAUCAUGGCACAGACAAAGACUAUAACUAAAGACGGCUUCGAAUCGCAGUUCGCCACGAACCACCUGGGCCACUUCCUCCUCUUCCAACUGCUGAAGCCCGCCCUUCUCGCAUCCGCGACGCCGGAUUUUGCGUCCCGCGUCGUCGUCGUGUCGUCCAUGGCCCACCGCGCCAGCGAUAUCCGCUUCGAGGAUGUCAACUUUGACGAGAAGGAAUCGUAUGAGCCGUACACGGCGUACGGCCAAUCCAAGACGGCCAACAUUUACUUCUCCAACGAGAUUGAGCGGCGCUACGGGGCCUCGCGGAACUUACACUCCACCUCGCUGCACCCGGGCGCCAUCCUGACCAGCAUGGCAGCGUCGCAAAACGUCGACGUGGACGCGAUCAAGGCCAGUAUGGGAGAGGAGACGUUCAACAAGCUCAUGAGCACGCUCAAGAACCCGGAGCAAGGGGCCGCUACCACCGUCUACGCCGCCGUGAGUAAAGAGUGGGAAGGCAAGGGCGGGAAAUACCUCAACGACUGCGCCGAGGGCGGAUCUGGUGUCGGUGGAUUCACGCCUGCGACAACGGAUCCUGGGUAUGCCUCGUGGGCUUACGAUGAGGAGAAAGCUGCGCGGUUGUGGAGGGAGUCGUGCAAGAUGCGCUAUGCAUCUUUCGGUCGUCACGGUCAGAGAGCUAUUGGCGGAAAUGCGAUGGACUUAACCCAAAUCUCACGUCGCGCGGGCUUUCAACCUGCCAAGUGCUUACAUGUGGGCGACCCCAGGGCAAGAUUGUUUUCUGCCGAUAAAAGCUCUGUGUCUGCCACCGGAGGACUACAUUUUCCUCUAGUGAUAGAUCUAUACUUAACCGGCUCAUUCAGCAACAACUUCAUCUACAAGUCCAAACGCGUCAAAAUGGCGUCCGACUCUAUGCCACCAGACUUCUACGUCAAAGCCCUUCAAUUCACAAAGAAGGUCUACAGAGAUGAAUACCCAGCCAUCAAACCAGAGAACUCCGAGCUCUCCCUCGCCGGCAAGGUUGUUGUAAUCACCGGCGCGAGCCGUGGUAUCGGUGGUAGAGGAAUUGUGCCAGCGUUUGCUAGAGCCGGAGCAAAGGCUAUCGUUCUCGUGGCCCGGGACGAGAAGAAGCUUACCGCCGUCGCGGCAGAGGUCAAGGAGCUUAAUGCCAAUGUCGAAACACUCGUCUACCCCGUCGACAUGACAGACGAAGCCGGCGUCAAGGCCCUCUUCGAGAAAGUCAACGCGACGUACGGCCACGCAGACGUCCUGGUCAACAACGCCGCCGUGCAGAAAUCUCUCGAGCUCAUCACAAACAGCGACCCGAAACUCUGGAUGGAAGACCUGACCACCAACAUCAGCGGAACCUUCUACCCAACCUUCCACUUCCUCAAAUCCCUCCCCUCAACCAGCCACGCCCACAUCAUCAACAUCACCACGAUAACCCACUGGGUCGUGCCCACCAUGAGCUCCUACAUCAUCGCCAAGCUCGCGACGCAGCAGCUCAACGCCCACGUCGCCGCCGAGCACCCGGACAACGUCACCACCGUCUCGGUGCACCCGGGUAUGGUCCACACCGACAUGACCAUGGACCGGUUCCGUCCCUUUGCGCACGACACCCCCGCGCUCGUCGGCGGAACGGCCGUCUGGCUUUGUUCGGAGAACGCGCGGUUCCUGAAUGGGAGGUUUGUCGCUACAAAUUGGGACGUCGAGGAGUUGGUGGAGCGGAAGGGGGAGAUUGAGGAGAAGAGGUUGCUGCAGGUUGAUUUGAAUGGGCAAUUUGGGGCGCGUCAGUUUGAAUCAACUCACACCGGCGAAGUUCAAAAAUGA